CCUUCCUCCCUAUCUUAUUAGAUCCAACUCACGUCACACAUUCUUCACAACUCUCUCCGGCCAUUUCCUACUCUUUGUAACAUUCAUACGUUAAAAAAAAAAAGAAAGAAAGAAUCACCAGUCAAUCAUAAGGCAAUCUUCCUAGAACAAUCAUGAUUCAAACAACCAUUUUCUCUCCGAAAGCUUUUAGACUCAAUUUUCACUCCUCCCCAUUUCUAGCCACUAACCAGAAUGUCUUCUCACGCGGGUUUGCGCUCAUUAACACAAACAAGACACGGAGACAUUCCAUGUUUCUUAGCUCAAAACCUGUCCUCAAAGAUGGCACUCUAAGUAUAAGCGGCAAAGAGGCACUGACUGAGGUUCCUGAGAAUGUGGUGGUUACACCAUUGACAAAUUCGUCGGCAUUCGUCGGUGCUACUUCAACAGAUUCUAGUUCUAGACAUGUUUUCAAGCUUGGAGUCAUUCGAGAUGUCAGAUUAUUAUGUCUAUUUAAAUUUAGAGUAUGGUGGAUGAUACCAAGAAUUGGUAGUUCAGGAAGUGACAUUCCUGUUGAAACUCAGAUGCUGCUUCUCGAAGCAAGUAAAGGGACAGAUUUAGAUGAUCAAAAUGAAACUUCUUAUGCCAUAUUCUUGCCGGUUUUAGACGGUGAAUUCAGGAGCAGCUUACAGGGAAACUCAUCAAAUGAACUCGAGUUCUGCGUUGAAAGUGGUGACCCAGAAGUUGUUACUUCAGAAUCUCUAAAAGCAAUUUUUGUGAAUUCUGGAGAUCAUCCUUUUGAUCUAAUGCAGGAGUCUAUGAAGAUUCUGGAGAAAUAUAGUGGAACCUUUGCACAUAGGGAAUCCAAACAGACGCCUGGAAUGUUAGACUACUUUGGUUGGUGUACCUGGGAUGCCUUUUACCAAGACGUUAAUCCUCAAGGAAUCAGAAAGGGACUUGAAAGUUUAUCCCAAGGAGGCACUCCAGCAAAGUUUUUGAUCAUUGAUGAUGGGUGGCAAGAUGUCGAAAAUGAGUUCCAAAAAGAAGGGGAACCUUUUGUUGAAGGGUCGCAAUUUGGGGGUCGAUUGGCCAGCAUCAAGGAAAACACCAAGUUCCGGAGAGCAUCCAAUGAUGCUCAAAGUGAGGCGCCAACUGAUCUAAAGAGUUUUGUUUCAGAAAUCAAGAGUACUUUUGGCCUCAAGUAUGUUUAUAUGUGGCAUGCCCUAUUGGGAUAUUGGGGAGGACUUGUUCCCAAUGCCCCGGGGACCAAAAAAUAUAACCCAAAGUUAAAAUACCCGUUGCAGUCACCUGGGAAUUUGGCAAACUCGAGGGAUUCAGCCAUGGAUGGCAUGGAGAAGUAUGGAGUUGGCGUAAUUGAUGCCGAAAAAGCACAUCAGUUUCUUGAUGAUCUUCACAGAUAUCUUGUUUCACAGAAUGUUGAUGGGGUUAAGGUUGAUGUUCAGAACAUAUUGGAGAUGGUUUCAGCUGGUUUUGGAGGCCGGGUCUCUCUUACUAAGCAGUUCCAACAGGCACUUGAGAAGUCCAUCGCAAGCAACUUUCAAGACAAUAGCAUAAUCUGCUGCAUGGGUCAAAGCAAUGACUCCGUAUACCAUUCAAAAAGAAGUGCUGUAACACGAGCAUCGGACGAUUACUAUCCCAAAAACCCGGCAACGCAGACGUUGCACGUAGCUGCUGUGGCAUACAACAGCAUAUUUCUUGGAGAAGUUUUUGUCCCAGAUUGGGACAUGUUCUAUAGUCUGCAUGAUGCAGCUGAGUUUCAUGCUGCUGCUAGAGCUGUGGGAGGUUGCGGGGUCUAUGUCAGUGAUAAACCAGGCCACCACGAUUUCGAGAUACUUAAGAGGCUAGUACUUCCUGACGGGUCAAUUCUCAGAGCAAAAUACCCCGGAAGGCCCUCACGUGAUUGCUUAUUCAUUGAUCCAGUUAUGGAUGGAACAAAUCUUCUGAAGAUAUGGAACUUGAACAAUUGCACUGGAGUUCUAGGAGUCUUCAAUUGCCAAGAAGCAGGAAUUUGGCCUUGUCUUAAAAAUCCUGUUAAGGCAAAUGUUAAUGCUGCUAAGAUAUCUGGGCAAGUCUCUCCUGCAGAUAUCGAGUAUUUUGAAGAAGUUUCUGGGACACACUGGACUGGAGAUUGCGCAGUCUUUUCCUUCAGCUCAGGGUCUCUGUCUAGGCUGCCAAAGGAUGAAUCUCUUAACAUCACCUUGAAAGUUCUCCAAUGUGACGUCCUUACUGUGUCUCCCAUCAAGGUUUACCAUCAAAACAUUGAAUUUGCACCUAUUGGAUUAGUAAACAUGUACAACUCUGGUGGAGCUGUUGAGAGAAUUGACUUCUUCAGCGAUUCGUCGAAUAACGAAAUACGAAUUGUGGGAAGAGGAACUGGUAGUUUUGGAGCAUACUCCACUACAAAGCCCAAGCAUUGUUCAAUAAACUCAACGAGUGAGGAAUUCAAGUACAGAAGUGAAGACAAUCUUUUGACAGUGACAAUUCCGGACGCAACCAUUAAUUGGGACAUCACUUUCUAUUACUGAAGCCUUCAUUCUUUUUUAUCAGGCAAAGCCUUAGCAACAAACUACUGCUUUUAGUAAAAAUGGUGUUUAUGACUUUUGAAGGGCCGCCACUAAUUAGCACCAAUCAAAAGAAGAAUAUGUCUUUUGACUUAUUAGUUUGCUGUAAAUAUUGUCAUAAAAGGCCUUAACUUAAUGAAAUGAUGUACAAGUUGAUUCAUUUGA